AUGCCUAAUUAUGAGUUGGUAUAUUUGGAAACUGAUGAUAAGGAACGGCUACAAUGCUUCCUGUUGAAACAUGACCCCUUAUCUCCAAACUACAGUAACAAAACGGUACUUAUUCUUUCUCCCAAUGCUGGGAACAUAGGACAUGCUUUGCCUAUAGUGUCACUUUUCUACAAUAAGUUUGGCUAUAACGUCUUCAUCUAUUCCUACAGAGGGUAUGGCAAAUCCAGUGGAUCACCCAGUGAAAAGGGUCUCAAAUUAGAUGCUCAGAGAGUGGUCAAACACUUGACGGAAGAAGACACUCAAUAUAUGAAAUCAAGUGUCAUUCUUUAUGGUCGUUCAUUAGGGGGAGCCGUGGCUAUUUAUAUUUCUGCUACCAUGUCAAAGGCAGUCCUGGGGUUAAUAUUAGAGAACACCUUCCUUUCAAUAAGAAAAUGUGUACCUCAUAUCUUCCCACUACUCAGGUUUUUUACAAUGUUUGUUCACCAGAGAUGGGAGCUGGAACAGUUGUUGAGCCUAAUCCCUGAUUCCAUUCCCGUAUUACUCUUGAGUGCCAGAAAGGAUGAAAUCGUGCCUCCAGAACAUAUGGACCACAUUAACCAAACUUUAAACUCUACCUACAAAGAGAUGCAUACAUUCCCUGAUUCGGACCACAACGAUACGGUUUGUCAAAGGGGUUACUGGGAGAUCAUUCAUGAGUUUAUAAAACAGAAUGUUAAUCCAGUAGGUUACUAG